AUGGCCUGGUUCUCAAGAUGGCGCCUGAGGACCUGGAAGCGGGUGGAGCCGGAAUUCAGGCCUUCAGCGCUGCACAGGCCUUACUGGGAGGAUGGGGCUUUAAGCUCCCUGGUCAGCGGCGUGCGGGCGUGGGUGGACCGCGGGCCACCGCUGCCUCCCUGUGUCGGGUCUGUGAAUAGCACUCAGCUCAGCCUCUCGCCCCAGGGCCGCAGAGGGUGGGAGGUCAAGGUGUCAGUCACGUCCUGGGAUGGCCAACACCGUCACUCACGGCGAUUUUCAUCACUUACUCCGGAAGACGACUUCAUUAGCAACGGCAUCAGGACGAGCGCUCAUGUUGCUUGCUGCGCACACAAGUCACACUUCUGUGGGAGGGGACAGGUCUACUUGGAGGAGCUGCCUCAACCAGCCCUCGGGGCUCUGGGCAAGAUGUAG